CCGGGCGGGCGCGAGUGGAGAUGGUGCUGCUGCGGCUGCUGCUCUGGAGUGCGCGCUGGGCGAUCCUCGGGUCUGCGGACUCUGCGCUCUGGGGUUUGAAGUCAAUAAAAGGAAGCUGCCAGAAUUUUUGUACGGCUGUUUCUAAAGAUGUCACUUAUAAGGAACUUAAAAACCUGUUGAAUUCCAAAAGUAUUAUGCUAAUUGAUGUUAGAGAGGCAUGGGAAAUUCUUGAGUAUGGAAAAAUCCCUGGGUCUGUCAAUAUACCAUUGGAUGAGGUGGGUGAAGCUCUACAGAUGAACCCAAAAGCCUUCAAAGAGAAGUACAAUGAAGUAAAGCCAUCCAGAUGUGACAGUCUAGUAUUUUCUUGUUUAGCCGGAGUGAGAAGCAAGAAGGCUCUGGACACAGCAAUAUCUCUGGGCUUUAACAGUGCUCAACACUAUGCUGGAGGAUGGAAGGAGUGGGCAGCCUAUGAAUUUUCAGAGAAGAAACAAGGAAAUUGAAUUUUGGAAUACAAGCUGGCGCUUUCCUUGUCUACAUGCAGCCUAAGAUAGUGGAAUGAGCAAAAGAAUAAAAAUCUAGCCCUGGCACCACUGGCUAACGGGAAGGGGAUUUUGUAUAAGUCAAAUAUUUGGUGAAUCUUUUUCUCAAUUAUAAGUUGAGAAAUACCAUUUCUCCCUGCCUACUUCCAAAGGCUACUGAGGAUUGAGAUAAUGUAUGUGACUUGCCAUGGAAAUAUAAGGGUUGGGAUUCCAGGAAUUAAUUUUCAAAUAGUUUAGUAUAGUUCAAUAGUAUUCCAAAAGACCAGAUUGCUUGUAUUACCUAAUCAUAAUGCAUGACAAUUUGUAUUAGUAUAGCUUCUAUUCAUCAAAGAGGCUAUGAGCUAGACCAGUAGAUUAACAAACAGACUUGACCCUAAAAUACCAAGAAUCUGGGAUCUAGGAAAGUAGGUAAAAUAUGAAUGAUGAAAAUACAUUAACAGCAUCCAAAGACUUAGGGCAGUGUUGUGACCAGUACGGUAGUGGUAUAAUUUGCAAUUUAAAAAAUUAAUAUGCUGAGGACAGAAAUCAGAACAGAGGUUGCUUCUGUGGAGGGGAGAAUAAUAACUGGAAAAGGCAAGAAGAAAAUUUCUAGGGUGAUGGAAAUGCUCUAUAUCUUGAUUGAGGUGUUAGUACAUAGGUAUAUACAUUUAUCAAAACUCAUUGAACACUUAAAAAUAUACAUUUUCUAUAAUUUAUCUCAAUUAAAAAACAAUGAAAAUAGAAAAAAAAAAAAAGGUAUAAAUGUAAAUGAAUCCCACCAGCAUGAGUAUAUUCCUUUGGAAUGUUAAGUCCUACACUUGUUAGUGCAUUGAUGGUAAAACAAAUUUGUGCUUUCUUCUGUCUGUGCCUCUUCAGACCCAUCUGAUUUUAGUCUCAUUUAUGUAGUCAUUCAGAUCAUAUAAGGCCUAGCAAGUAACUACAAGGACUUGGUUUGUCCUAAGUGAUAUAUUAAGCCAUUGGAGAAUCUAGGGUAGGGAUGUGAUAUGGUCACCUUGGACUUCUAUUUCUGAUAAUGUCCAUCUAGUUUCUAGCAGAGCAGACUCCCUACAAGAACUAGAAAAGCUGGAAAACACACACACACAACUCACUUCGAUGUCAGUUCAUCCUCUACAGCUUUCCUUCUCCCUGAGACCGUGGCUUUUCAAAUCCUUGCUGCCUUAGAAAUUCUUUCAUGCCUUUAAACAGAUUUUGUUUAUAUAUUUAUAUAAACAAGUAUUACCAGGGCAAAUAUACUAAAGCAGCGAGGAUUUGAAGAGCCACAAUCUCACAGACACGGAAAACUGUAGAGAGUGGGCCAACAGUGAAGUACUAGGUCCAUCAAUGAAUAGCAGCCUGGGUAAAUACUCCAGGCUUUUAGUUGGAACCCCUGAAAAGCUAUACUCUAGGAGUAGAGGUGAACAUAAAUUGACCAACCCUCAUAAAAAUGUAAGACCAGCUUUGAAUCAACUAAAUGCCUGAACGAAUUUAGGCAGUCUUCCUGAUACCCUAAGGGCCUACCAGAAGUACAUGCUCUCUUGGAGAAAGAUACCAUUGUCUAGUUAGAGCAGGGGUUGGCAACAGUAAAUAUUUUAGGUUUGUGGGCCAUAAAGUCUCUAUUGAAACCACUCAACUCUGAUACUGUAGCACAAGAGCAGUCAUGGACAAUACGUAAAUGAAUGAGCGGUCACUACGUAUUCCAGUAAAACCAUUUAUGGCCACGUAGGUUUGAAUUUUAAGUUUCAUGUGUUGCAAAAUAUUCUUUUAAUUAUUUUUCCACCCUUUAAAAAUAUAGCAUACAUCCUUAGCUCAAAGCUCAGGCAAAAACAGGUGGCAGGCAGGAUUUGGCCCAUGGGGCAUAGUUUGCAGACCUCUGAGCCAGAGCCACAAAUGAUCGCUACAGUUUUCAUAUACAGUGUUCAAAAUUCUAUCAAAACUUACUAGAAAUAGCAGUAAAUGGGACUUCAUUAUUGAAAAAUAAGAGAAGAAGACACAAUAGAAACUGAUCCACAGAUCUACAUAUUGGAGUUUUCAGACACAGACUUUAAAAUAAUUGUGAUUUAUAUAUUCAAUAACAGAUGACAAAAUGGAAAAAUUUAUUAGAGGAAUGGAAACUACAAAAGAGUAUCAAAUAGAAAUUCUAGAAUUUAAAAAUACAAUAACUGAAAUUAACCUGGUAACUGGGUUUAACAGCAGAUUAGACACAGCUGAUGAGAAGGAUUAAUAAAAAUGAAAAAACUGAAGUGCACAUAUUAACAUGGAUGACUCUUACCAUGUCUAGAGAAAAGAAUUACAGAAACAUACGGUACAACAUACAAAAUACAAUUUAUUAUUUAUAUAUGUACAUAUAUAGUAUAAAGUAUAAAUAAAUUAUGAGAAUAAUAAAUACCAAAUUCAGAAUGGUUGCCUUAGGGGGGAGAGAACACUGGAGGCUUUAACAAUAAUAUUGUUAACAUUUUAUUUAGCAUGUUUGGUGGGUAAACAAAUACUUAUUAUUUUUACCUUUUGUAUGUAUGGGAUAGGAACUGAAUAUCCCCACUUGCAGAUACUUAAAGCAGACUCUACAAUUGUAACACAUUUGGAUUCCUGGUACUUUUUUAAAGAAAAAAACACAUGAUAAAUAAUGUAUCCUAUUUACCCAAAUAUAAUUUUCCUUCUAUCUUUUGAAGAACCAAAGGGUUAAUAAAUUAAUUAGAAUAAUUUAUUUUCUAUAUUAGAUCAAACUUAUAAAGACAAUUUCAGUUGUCAGUUAUUCUGAAAUUGCACUGACUUUUACAAUAAAACUCUUAAGAGUAAAACCAUUACUAAGGUCUGUAACAGAUGCCUCAAAAUGUAAAAAUAUAGCAUAUGAUUUAAUACAUCAUUUAAGAGGUGGCUGCUUUAUUUCAAUCAUGGGAGAAUAUCACUUUUACUCUGAUAAUGCAAGGGUACAUCAAGAGUUUUAGAAAUGUAGAAGAAUAGCCAGAUCACAUUUUUAAAUACUGUACAUUAUUUUCAUAAUGGAACAGAAGGAAGAUGUCCUAGAAAAAGCGGCAACAGUGAGCAGCCUGAGUUCAGAAUUAAUCCAAGUCUCUCACGUUUCCUUAUUUACGUGGUCUUUCUUACCUGCCUUAUGAUCUCAGUGAUGUCUCUUGUUAUUCUGUGAUAACAUACCGUUUUGCUAUCUAGUAUGUGUAUGCCAUAAAAAUACUGGACAGAGGUAGGAUCGGCAGCUAAUCUGUGAGAAAUUUGUAUUAUUUUAAAAAAAAGGAAACUUGAAUGUUUCUCCCAUCAUCCAGUAAAAAUUAUUUUUCAGUGUCUAAAAGGACAGCAAUUUAUUAAUAGAAAAAUGUAAUUUUGUCACCACCUCUUUUCAGUGCUACAAGUUUCUCCAGGAGCAAGGAUAAGAAGGGAAAAGGAAAAAGGAGAGUAAUUUUAAUAAAUUA